GCCAAAAGAGAGAGAGAGAGAGAGAUUCAGAACUAUUUGUUCAAAUCGUCUAACACGGGGUACGGGUAUUCAGGUUCAUGGCAGCAGAGGAAGUAGUUAAAUAAACCAUAAAAACUAGAUACUGUGUCACAUAAAUCACAAACUUCAAAGCAUCCUUAUAUCUCUGCCAUUACAGUGUCCCAAACUGUCAGCUAUUUAUUCUAUCCAAAUUUAUUGCUCUGUUCCUUAUCACGCCCCCAUUUCACUGCCACAUCUUUAUAUUCCUACCCAAUUCAACUACUCGAAUUUCGAACCCUUCAAUUGAGUCCCCUUCUAUGGCUUCCGCAACAGCCAAACCACAGAAAAGACUAGAAGAAUUUCUAAAGGAGCAACAAGAACCUUUCAUCUUAGAGGUUUACCUGUUAGAAAGAGGGUGCUCCAAAAAAUGGAGCUCAAAUGGUGAUUCAGGCAAGAGCUUGGAGAAAUCGGCAAGUUCUGGUUUAAUCAAAAGGAGAAAAGCUCUCUUGCCAUUUUCCAAAGUUGUAAAAGCUCUGCAUAAGAAGCUUGCUUUUCACAACCAAAGCAGCACUUUAAUCAGUGACACUGAUAAUAGAAAAGAAAGUGUUAACGUUAGUGUCCCUUACGAAGCUGGUAGUGUUGAUCAAACAGUUGUGGAAACAGAUCGGUUCUCAACCGCUAGCAGCUCAACCUUGUUCAAUUCAUGCUCAGAUAUUGAUGAAGAUGGAACUUCGUUGUCGUCACAUAAAGAUAAACAUUUGUUUUCUCCAUACACCUGCAAUAUUGGAGCACAGAGCCAGCAGGCUACCAACAAUGGAAAGCAGAGACAUAGAUGCAUAGAAGUUUGUGCGACACAUGAAACACUGACCAAGGAUGUUUCGGGAUGUUGCGGUGUCCUUAUGCCUAAGAAAAUCACGGAGGAUUCACUAUUAUCAGCUGCUCUGUGGAGUUCACUUAUUCAGUCAUCAAAGAGAGAGAAUUAUACUAUGGAAUUGCGAGAUCUCCUUGGGCCUAAUGUUUCCCAGGUGUUGAAAUCUUCAAGGGUAUUGCACAAGACAAAGCAACUACUAUUUGAUUGUGUCAGAGAAAUUGCGAUGAAUCUUCCCAAAAAAGAUGAUAAACAACAAGUUUACAAACAAAUCCUGGGACCUGAAGAGCUCGGAAAGGUGUUAUGGAAGAGAACAAAAGACUGGGGUCAACAUGCUGCAGAUGAGACAAAUCUGACAUACUUACUGACCUUGGAUUACUUGGAUUCCAUCAAUGAAUGGAGUAAAUUCAAGCGGCAAGUGAAAGAUAUUAGCGUUCAGAUCGCCGAUGCAAUUUUGGAUCGCGUGAACAGUGAAAUUGUAUCAGAGAUGAUUGAACUUUUGCCACCAACCAACCAUAUAACAACUUCAUUUCGAUUCUAAAAUCUUCAGGCCAUUUCUGACCCUUCAUUCUUAAAUGAUGGGUUGCCCUAUCAUUUUCGAAUUGAAACAACAAACAUGCCCACGAUCCUCGAAUUGGAAUUUUCAUUUUGAUGAUUUCAUAAUUUGCGUUUUUUGUUGACUGGAAUAGUGAAUCAGUGAUGUCAUCGUUUAUGCCGUGAACAAAAUUUAAUUCAUCCGUCCGUCAG